ACCUCCCUCAUGUGUUCCUGAUGCCCAGUGGCAUUUUACGGCUUGGAGUCGCAAAACAAAAACAAUAGUCGCCAAGGUGACACGUUCUUCUAUUUCAAUGGCUUUGCCAUGUUGUUCUCGCACAUAAAUAGCUGUCAACUCUCUGUUCCCUUCAUUCACCCACCACAGACCCAUGGAGUGGCCUCUCUGCCAAGAACUCAGCGACCUUGUUGUCGAUGCUCUCGUUGAACAGGGCGAAAGCCUUCACGCUGCCGCUCUCCUCUCACGAGCGACUCUCUUUCGUACUCGCCACCACCGUUUCAAGCGUGUCGUCCUGCGCAGCUUUCAUGAUUGCGAUGUGUUCCUUGAUAUCUGCAAUGCUUCGAAAGGUGUUGCAUUCUCUGUUGACCGUCUGAAAUUUUCUGGCUGUUCGGAUAAAGAUCAAACAGUCGCUCCAGUCAACGUGAUCGAGCAGCUUCUCGAAUUGACCGUCAGCGUACGACUACUCCACUUCGAGCACAUACCUUGGGAUCACCUAUCAUUCAUUUCCAAGGGAAAGUGCUACGGCAUUCCUGUGGUGGAUCUUCAUCAUACAGUUGUCGCGUCGUACCGUGCUUUGGUUUCCUUCAUCCAAGCUUUUCCCAAACUACACACGUUGGCCUUAUGGUCCGUAUCUUUGGGUAGAUAUGGCAGCGUGUCCGACUUGCAGGAGGCUGGAAGCACCCCCAUAAUCCCCCGCGUCCGCAUACUCGAGUUCGAGGACUGCAGGGAUAUACUUGUGCGCCUCGCUGACGAUAUCGUUCAGAAUUCAGCCCCGUUGUCUGUACGACAUCUCCGCAUUCUCCGUAUCUUGACUGUCCAGCAAGCUAGUGAUUUGACUUCCAUCAAGACUAUCUUGGAGAAAUCGGGUGGCUUGGUCCAAAAGCUUCGAGUGGGUAUUAUCAAAGUGGCAGGUACGUCCUAUUCUGAUUUUCGAUGUUGGUCUCCCAUGCUAACUCUCCUCUAGAUACCGAUGAACUACCCAUUUUAUCCUUCCCGCCCUUUCUAAACCAUCUUUAUCUCAGCUUAGACGACUGCGAUUAUAGUAACGAAACAGAUAUCUUGCAGUGGUGGAUCAAAUGCUUUUUGAGCACAGACAUUAAGCUGUCCAGUAUCCACAUCUCCCUGUUUGCCGAACCCCACUAUCCUCGCAUGUACCAAGCUCGUAUCACCAGUAUACCUCCGCCUAAGCUGGCGCCUAACGAAGAGAUGUCAUUUCAUCUCGUCAAAAAUAAGCAGGUAUGGUCUGAUCUGGAUAAUGCUCUAGCUCAGAUUCAAAGCC